AUGAGUGAGAAAAAUUUAGGGCAGAUCCAAGUUACUAGUGUAACAAGUCACACGCAAUUGGAGGACCACGAGGUUGAUUUACAAGCAAUUGCAUCUCACCCAUUAUCAAUAGGUGAAGUUGGGACAACUUUGACAAAUGCUCAGAAGGACUUUGUUUUACGUAGGUUGCACUUUGAUGCUUUGGAAUCUUUUGAUGACUUGCCUCCACAAGCCAGUUUCAUAUUCGAAAAGAUUGAACAAAUGCCAAUAGAGGAGGCAGUUGAGAUAUUAAAGAAAGCAGUCAAGGAACAUGAUGACGAUGUGAACAUCCUUGAGUCAGAUUUGGAAUUUUGGAAGCAAUUGAUCUACUAUCAUGAGCCUGCUGAUGGGGUAAGAAACAAGUUGGGCCAAGUCUUUCACCACAACAUUAAUCGUGAAGAGACUGAAACUGUUGCCAAGAGUGGUAGCUUUGCUGAGAAAUUCGGAUCGAUUGUUCAACCAGUGAAAAACAUUGGUAGUUCCGACGAAAAAGCCACUCCAUCUCACACUAACUCAUCAUUGAAUGACGAAGAUGAAGAGAUUAAAGACGAACAUCAUGUCGUAGAUUGGGAUUUACAAGUGAGAUUGGAAGCUGUGAUUAUUGCAUAUUGGUCCCCAUACCCACAAGUUAGAACUAUUACUGAUCCCUUUGACGAUCCAACCAUCCCUGUGGAAACUUUCAGAGUAUAUUUGAUUUCUUUGAUCUGGGUCGGGUUAGGUGCUGUUGUCAACCAAUUCUUUGUUGAAAGAACUCCUGGUAUUGAUCUUGGUAUGCCAGUUGUACAAGUGUUUUUGUAUCCAAGUGGAAAAAUUUUGGAAUGGAUUUUGCCAAAGUGGAAGUUUAAAGUUUUGGGUUUGGAGAUUGACUUGAACCCAGGUCCGUACACGUACAAAGAGCAAAUGUUGGCAACCAUUACUUGUGGUGUAUCCUCUGGUACAUCCUACGUCUCAACAAAUAUCUUGAUGCAGAAAUCUGAUAUAUUUUACGGCAACAAUUGGGUUGAUUUUGGCUACCAGAUCUUGCUCACGUUGUCCACCCAAUAUAUGGGAUUCUCGUUGUGUGGGUUGCUUAGAUCAUUUGCUGUCUAUCCGGUUAAGGCAGUGUGGCCAACGUUUUUGCCAACAUUGAGAUUGAAUAAGAUUUUGACGUCUCCAGAGAAAAAGACAAACAUCAACGGCUGGACAAUAUCGGGUUACAAUUUGUUCUUUAUUGUUGCUGCUGUGUCAUUCAUCUACUUCUGGGUUCCUGAUUACUUGUUCACAUCAAUCUCACAAUUCAAUUGGAUGACAUGGAUCAAACCGGACAACUUUAAUCUCGCUCUUGCUACUGGUUCCUAUGGUGGACUUGGUGUCAACCCAAUCCCCUCCUUGGACUUUAACGUUAUUGGCACAGAUGGUUUUUACUAUCCAUUUUAUUCUACUGUCAUUGGAUAUGCUGGUUUGGUUGUCUCGAUGUUUGCGGUGAUUGGUGUUUAUUACAGUAACACCUCUUGGACCAGCUAUUUGCCUAUCAACUCCCAAUAUUUAUAUUCCAAUACGGGUGAGUUGUACGAUGUGAAAUCUUUAGUUAAUGAAAAAAGUUUGUUUGAUGACAAAAAGUAUCAAGAGAUUGGUCCACCAUUCUAUUCUGCUGGUAAUUUGGUGGUAUAUGGCGCAUUUUUUGCAUUGUACCCAUUUCACUUUGUCUAUGAACUUGGAACCCAAUGGAGGCCAAUGUAUGAAGCUACAGUCUCAGUUUUGAAAGGCUUCAGAAACUUUAAAAGAUCUGUUUACGAAGGUUUGACCGACCCGCACUCAGUGAUGAUGAAAGCUUAUCCAGAGGUUCCUGAGUGGGCUUAUACUAUCAUUUUGGUGAUUUCGUUGGUAUUGGCCAUUUUGUGUGUGAAGUUGUAUCCUGCCGAAACUCCAGUUUGGGGUAUCUUUUUUGCGUUGGGUAUCAAUUUCUUGUUUUUGAUUCCAUUAACCACAGUUGCUUCGAGAACCGGCUUCAGUUUUGGAUUGAAUGUGUUGGUUGAGUUGAUUGUCGGGUAUGCAAUUCCAGGUAAUGGUCUCGCGUUGUCCUUCAUAAAAGCCUUGGGAUAUAAUAUUGACGGACAAGCAAACAAUUUCGUGAAUGACUUGAAGAUGGGACACUAUGCAAAAGUUCCACCUCGUGCAAUGUUCAGAACUCAGUUAUUGUCGGUGUUGGUGACCGCUUUUAUUCAAUUAGGUAUUUUGAAUUACCAAAUCACUGGUAUCAAAGACUAUUGUGAUCCAGAAAACAAGCAAAAGUUCUUCUGUUACGGCACAAACACAUUCUACAACGCAUCAAUUUUGUGGGGUGUCAUUGGUCCAAAAAGAGUCUUUGGCGGUUUGUAUCCAGUGUUGAAAUAUUGUUUCCUUAUUGGGUUCCUUGCUGGUUUAGUUUGUGUGGUGAUAAAGAGAUUAGCUCCUAGAAGGUAUACCAAGUAUUUUGAGCCAACAGUGUUUUUGGGUGGGUUCCUUGUUUGGGCUCCUGGAAACUUGUCGUACAGCACUGGUGGCUUGUAUUUGGGUUACGCAAUGAUGCACUAUGUUAAAAGAAAGUACGAAGCUUGGUGGCAGAAGUACAGUUAUCUUUUUGGUACUGGUAUUGAAGCUGGUAUUGCUUUCUCCUCAAUCAUCAUCUACUUUGCGGUUGAGUACCAUGAGAUUGAUCUUAAUUGGUGGGGUAACAAUAUUGGUUUUGAAGGUUGGGACUUCCAAAUGAGAGUAUCUGGAUCAAGAUUAAAUGCUACUAUAGAUGCUCCUGAUGGCUAUUUUGGACCAAGAAAGGGUCAUUUCCCUUAA